AUGGCUCAAAUAAAAAAUCACAAGGAGAUGAGGCAAAUGAAAUCAAAGGCAAAAACUAGCUUAUUUGCAGCUGUUUCAUAUUCAGUUUUCACCAGAAUCAUGACACUGAAGACAUCAAAUGGAAUUUGGGAUUUCUUGAAGAAGGAGUAUGAAGAAAAUGAACGAGUCAAAGGCAUGCAAGUUUUGAAUCUGAUCAGAGAAUUUGAGAUGCGAAGAAUGAAGGGAUCAGAAACAAUCAAGGAUUACUCUGGCAAACUCCUUGACAUUGUUAACAAAGUAAGGCUUCUUGGUACUGAUUUUUCUUAUUCUAGAAUAGUUCAAAAAAUCCUUGUAUCAGUUCCUAAAAAGUUUAAGGCUAUAAUAUCAUCAAUAGAAAACUCAAAAGAUAUGUUAAGUAUUACCUCAGUAGAACUAUUGAAUGCACUACAAGCUCAGGAACAAAGGAGACUUAUGAGGCAAGAAGGAUCUGUGGAGGGUGCAUUUCAAGCUAUAUUACAGAACAAUAUGUACAAGAAAGAGAAGCAUAGCAACAACAAUAACAGUAGUAACAACACUACAUUUACACCAUGUCCUUCUUGCAAAAAAUCCAAUCAUCCACAAAAAAGAUAUUGGUGGAGGCCAGAUAUAAAAUGUCACAAAUGUGACAGUGGUUGUACAAGCCACAUGACUUAUGAUCAAGAGCUUUUGAAAGAGCUUGACAAAAUUGCCAUUUCUAAAGUUAGAAUUGGAAAUGGAGCAUAUCUUGCAAUAAAAGGCAAAGGAACAGUGGUGAUCAAGUUUGAUAAUGGAACUGAAUACACAUCAAAAAAAUUUAACAAGUUCUGUGAGAAUGAAGGCAUUGAGCACCAGUUGACAGCACUUUAUACCCCUCAACAGAAUGUGGUGGUUGAGAGGAAAAACAGAACACUUACGGAGAUGACAAGGUGUUUACUGCAUGACAAAGGGCUACCAAAGAUCGAGGCUGCAAACACAGUUAAGAGAGACAAAUUGGAUAAGAAAGCAGAACCUGGGAUCUUUGUAGGCUGCAAUUCAGUUUCAAAAGCAUAUAGGAUUUAUUUUCCACAAAACAACAAAAGGUGCAAUGUUGCUAUAAUAGAGCCUGCAGGAUAUGAAGAAGCUGCAGCAGAUCAAAAAUGGAUGGCUGCAAUGAAGGAGGAGCUUAAGAUGAUUGAGAAAAACCAGACUUGGAUGCUAGUAGACAAACCUGCACACAAAAAGGCCAUAAGAGUCAAGUGGGUUUACAUGACCAAACUCAAUCCUGAUGGUUCUGUAAACAAACACAAGGCAAGGCUGGUCGUUAAAGGAUAUGCUCAGACGUUUGGAGUGGAUUUCUCUGAGACUUUUGCCCUAGUUGCUAGAUUGGAUACCAUAAGAACGUUGCUAGCCCUUGUUGCUUAA